CCUCAACCCUCCAUAUUCACCUACCAUCCUUCCUUACUCUUGUUGGAGACAGAUCUCUUAUUAUUUCUUACAUUAGUACCUUUACCUACCGAUCAUCAUGCCUGACAGGAAGACGGAAGUUCCUCCCGAUGAAUCUAUAACCUACAGUUCGGGAAUGCGCAGCGGACCGCCGGAUUUAAGAAUCGUGCAUUACAAUGACGUCUAUCACGUUGACCAGUCAAGUAGCGAACCGGUAGGAGGCGCCUCGCGAUUCAUGACGCUCAUAAAGUACUAUGAGGAGGAUGAGAUAUUCAAGGGUCAAUCGAACCUGGUGACUUUAUUCUCCGGAGACGCCUUUAACCCUAGCCUGGAGAGCUCUGUCACUAAAGGUGAUCACAUGGUACCACUAUUGAACAACAUAGGGACGGAUGCCGCUGCUUUAGGAAAUCACGAUCUUGAUUUUGGAGUCCGCCAAUUCAAACAUUUAUCCUCCAAGUGCAAAUUCCCGUGGCUCAUCGCUAAUGUAUUGGAUCCUGCGUUGGGAGAUUCGGUUCCUAUUGGAAAUUGUAAGAAGACACACUUCAUCACCACCUCUAACGGUAUCAAGAUCGGCUUGAUAGGGCUUGGUGAACGUGAAUGGCUUGCUACCAUUAAUAGUUUGCCACCGGAUCUCAUUUACAAGUCUGCCACCCAGACUGCGAAAGAGCUUGUCCCACAACUACGAGCUGAAGGAGCAGAUAUUGUCAUCGCGUUAACUCACAUGCGGGAACCGAACGACAAUAAGCUAGCCGAGCAAACCGAUGGCAUUAUUGAUAUCAUCCUCGGUGGUCAUGACCAUUACUAUAGUCACAGCGUCAUCAAAGGGACACAUGUCUUGCGUUCCGGUACAGACUUCAAGCAGUUGAGUUACCUCGAAGCCAGGCGGAGGACAGAUAAAUCGGGCAGAUGGGAUGUUGAUAUCAUACGACGGGAUACCACGUCCGCCAUUCCAGAACACGGAUCUACCGUUGAACUGGUUGAAAAGCUGACUGCUAGCCUAAAAACAACUCUUCAAAAGCCCGUCGGUUUUACCGCCGCACCCCUCGACGCGAGGUUUCGGACCGUUCGACUCAGAGAAAGCAAUAUCGCGAAUUGGGUGUGUGAUAUCAUGAGGCACUACUAUUCUGGAGACUGUAGCAUGAUGGCAUCGGGUACUGUUCGGGGUGAUCAGAUCUAUCCUCCGGGUCCCGUGUUGCUGAAGGAUAUUAUGAAUUGUUUCCCGUUUGAAGAUCCCGUGGUGGUGAUCAAAGUCACCGGCCAAGCUAUCUGGGAUGCGUUAGAGAAUGGCCUAUCUCAGUACCCGGCUCUCGAGGGACGCUUCCCUCAGGUGUCAAAUAUUGCUUUCAAGUUUGAUGGCCAAAAGCCUAGCGGAUCGCGCAUAGUUUCAGCAACGAUUGGCGGUGAUCCAAUAGAUAUGACUAGGAAAUACGUUCUCGUGACGCGAGGUUAUAUGGCCCGCGGAAAAGACGGCUACGAUAGCCUCCUAAUAGAAGAGGAAGGUGGUCAGGCGGAAGAAAUUGUGUCCGAGGAGAACGGAAUAUUGAUCUCUAUGAUGCUUCGCCAAUACUUCAUGUCUCUCCGUGUGAUGGGGCAAUGGAAAUAUUGGGGUAAUAAUAUGGGCCGACAUUGGAACCAUGUUACAAGCAAGGUCAAUGAGACUCAUACUCACCACGACCCUUCGACGAGCCCCGCAAGUCCGAGUACGCGAAGAGAGGCUUCGGGUUGGGAUAAUUGGACCCCGCAAAAGAUUCGGGAGCGGAAGUCGUCGAUCGUCCGUGCUGAUGAAUCCGAUGAUGAAGACAAUGACAAGAACUACGAUGCGAAGCAAGCAUUCAUUCCCGAGAUCGAAGUGAUCGACAAGGAGAUGCAGAUAAUGCGCAGAGUCUUUGCUAAGUGGGCGAGAAUCGCCCACGUAGAGAGCCGCCUUGGAGAGGAGCUAAAGGAUGGCGAGUUCCAAGUCGAUUGGACUAGGGCUAUCGCACCAAGGAUCGAGGGGCGUAUCAUCUGUGUUGGUGGUGAACAAAAAUAGGGAGUUAUUCUGCAACUUUUUAUCCAUGGAUGUAUGCGGAAUAUUAGGAAUAUUAUGAUGGAGAUGAUUGUUAUGAAGUUAUGAUCGUUGGGUAAGUAGAAGGGAAAGAUAGAAUUUCUGUAGAGCGGAUUUAUUUCAUUGCUAUGGUUUAACAUACGUAAUGAAAACCUACUAGGUAGGUACAAUACCUUAGGGCUACGUAGUACCUGCUAGGUAUGUGCACAUCUACUACCUAGAGAAGUACAUUUUUGUACACCAUAGCCGGUC